AUCCAGAUAGUUGGAGCUGUACCAUCUUCAGUCACAUAUGGUGCAACUCUUCAUUACAAGAUGGUUUACGUAAUCCAAAAUAAUUUCUUAGAUUUUGCUAUCCCCCAAGGGAUAGAAGAUGCUCUACUUCUUCAAAUGGACACUAAACAUGUUCAUAGCUACACCUAUGUUCAUAGACAAAUCCCUCGAGCUAUAAUUGCUAAACUUAUUCUCGAGUCUUGGAUUACAAGCUAUGAACAAUCCCAUAAAUCAACUAACGAAUUUUCCCCUAUACAAUACACCCAGCACUAUUUUAGAAAGAAAUCUGAUAGAUCUGUUAAAAUCUAUUUUAAGAAGGACCAAACUUCAAAACGACCACAGUGCUUUCCAACCCAAUUCGUAUUCACAGAAAGUAUCCCUAUUUAUGCCUUUGAUUCAAAUGAAAAACCUAUAUAUGUUAAAACUGAUGAUUUUGGCCAUGAUUUUUGGGAUGUCUAUUCUUGUAAUAGUUGUUUGAGCACUGAUUUUAAUGCUGAGCCUACUUCUUCAAGGAGAAGAAGAUCGCGAAAAACUCAACAAUGA